AUGGAUUUCAAAGCUUUCUCGACGGAGUUUGGAUUCAAACAUGUCACAAGCGGUCCACACUUUGCCCAAUCAAAUGGACAGGCUGAACGGAUGGUACAGACAGUGAAAAGGCUCAUCAUGAAGUCUACAGACCCAUUCAAAGCUCUACUGGACUAUCGAAACACUCCUUUGGACAUUGGAUUAUCACCAGCACAACUUUUCCUUAACCGGCGACUGAAAACAUCACUACCAACCUCUGCACCAUUAUUAAAGCCACUUGGAAUGGACACCAAAGAAAUCAAAUCGAUGCUAAAAAAUCGCCAACUGAAAACCAAGAUCCAUUAUGACAAGCACGCAGGACAAGGGUUGGAACCUCUUAGAGCUGGCGACCCGGUAUUCAUAUACACAGAAGGAAGUUGGAAACCUGGAGAAGUUCUUGAACGUCACUCUUCACCUAGAUCGUACGUUGUUCAAGCAUCAGACGGAAGGAAGUUGAGACGAAACCGCAGACAUUUACGGACAACUCGUUAUCGUGCUGCUCAAACUCAGGCUAAUGGAAAUGAUAAUCGCAUUGAAUAUUCAUGUGUUAAUCCUGAAACUGUACAUGACCAUUUAGAUGAGCGUGACAUGGACAUUCGUAACACUGCCAAAACGAACAUCCAACCGGUACCACCUCAUUGUACGCGCUCUGGAAGAGAAGUGAAGCCACCAAAAAGGCUAAAUGAUUAUGUUGAAUGA